AUGGGUAUGAAUCAUGAUUGGGGUUAUUUGCCAAGGGAUUUUCUUGCAUUAAAAGUAACCUAUGAUUCAAGUGCAGAUUUUAAACAACUUGUUGAUGAAUGUCAUCAACGAAAAAUUCGUAUUAUUAUUGAUGCAGUAUUCAAUCAUACGGUUACAGAUUGUCCUCUAGCAAUGAUUGAUCAUGAUUAUUGGUAUUACAAAGGAAAAUAUAAUCCAGAUGAUCCAUACUAUUGGGGUCCUGAACUUAAUUUUGAGUAUUAUGAUGAACAACAGAACUUAAAACCAGCAUGGAAGUUUGCAACUGAUGUUGUACGUUAUUGGAUAAGUGAAUUUUACUUAGAUGGUAUUCGUUUUGAUGCUGAAAUGGACAAUUAUGAUAUUCUUCGUGAACUAGAUAAUCUUGCUCGGUCUGUUCGUGGUUCUCAACCAUUUUAUACUGCUGUUGAAUAUAUUCCAGAAACUACAGCAAUUCUUAAGCCAAAUGGUGGCCCUGUUGAUGUAUGUUGGUCUGCUUCAUUUCAUAGUGUUAAGAGUCAUCCUUAA